GGCUUUUCCAUCUGGUGACAUCAGGAUUAAAGGUAUUAUUAGCACCUGAUUAGCUGUUCCCUGAGUGAAAUGCCUCAGAAGAAGAAAACACAACAGCAUGGACACUGACUUCCUACUGUAUGAACUUAGGAGACGGUGGUGGCCACUAUGCAGCCCUCAGCUGAAUGUGUUCAACCUGACGAGCAGCUUCUCUAGCUGGAUCUCCCAGUGCCAGCAACCCAUAAGGCAAGUGACCAUACUGAUAGUCGGCCUCGACAACGCCGGAAAAACGUCCACAGUGAGGGCAAUCUUGAAAGUGCCCCUGGAAGAAGAAGGCACCCCUAAGGGAUGUGUGCCCACAGAACUGAGAGUGGACAACUUUCUGGUCACUGUGCUGGAAGUGGGUGGUGCUUCAGCGGCUUGUGAGGCCCAUGGUAUCAUAUUUGUUGUUGACUCCUGCGACAGGACACGGGCAGAGGAGGCCAAGGACCUUCUGACAGACCUGCUAAAGCAGCCCUCGGCCGCUGGAAAGCCCCUUUUAGUGCUGGCCAACAAGCAGGACAAGACGAACGCUAUGCUAGGCAGUGAGCUAAUUGAGAUCCUGUCACUGGAGAAACUGAUCAGCCAGAGCCAAUCUCUCUGUCAUGUAGAGCCAUGCUCUGCUUUGCUGGAUAUGCGCAGGCUGUCAGACAGAAAGACACUGCAGGGCCUGCGGUGGUUGCUGAGGGCCGUGCGCCUUGACUACCACAAGUUGUGUGCCCGUGUGGCCCAAGACUGCAGGCAGCCUGUGAACCAUGAAGAGGGGAAGAGAGAGAAGCACAAGAAGGCUGAGAGAGGGCAGAGCAAACAUAAAGAAGUGAAGAAAGUUAACACUGGUAAAACCAGACUUCGUUGCAAACUGAAGCCACAAGAGAAUGAGAAAAAGAUGACGAAGAAAAAGACAGGGGACAAACUGCAGCCCAUCGGAAAUAUCCUCAAUAAGGAAAGCACAAUAAACAGGAAAUUGAAGAAGCAGCAGCAAGUGAAAAUGAAGAACAAAGUGAAAAGAAGACCAGGCUGUAAGGAAGAGGAGGGGGAGAGGGGUAUGGAGGCCGAGCAGAAAGGGGAAGGACACAGAGUCGCCCUUCUGCCUGGGGACUGCAAGAGGCCAACGCAUAAAGCCAAAAGAGUGAAGGAGACCUUUCCAGAAUCAUCUGAAAAUUCCAAAGCAAAGAAAGGGAAGAAGGAAAUGGAGAAGAAAAAGAUGACAAAAGUUACUAAGAAAACAAGAUAAAUUCUGCAGAGGUAGCAACUGAAUAUUCCUUUCUUAAAAACUUUCGAUUUGCCCAGAAAAACAGUCUUAGCUCUGAAAGCCUGAUGGGAGCAGGCUAACGGAAGCAAUACCUCCCUGGUCCUGCAUGUGAUGCCAUAGCUUGCUUACUCCUGGAGCACCGUGGUUUAUGAACAUGCUGUGAAUAUCACGACACACCAGAAGAAGGAAUGUCGACAUUUGCCUAUUCUGCUUCACUUAGAGACAGAGAGGGUUUGGUGGCAACUCUCCACACCAAAUCUCAACACACUUCUGGCCCUUAAUAAACCUUCAUUGUUGCAAUAA